UUUAGCCUUUCAUGCGGUUUCUGUUACGGAUUUACACACUGCAUUAACCGGUGGCUAUUAAUUAAGUAAUGCAUUUCAAAUGGAAAUUUCGAGUUCACAACGUUCAAUUGCCGCCUAGCUUACCCGCUACAUCGCGGGCAGCUCUAAUCGCUAGUGAUGCAGUCUAGCAGACGAAUUUGCGAUAACGGCGGCACUAACGUUGGGCGGCACAAUAUCAGCUGGAACCUGGAUUCGUCUGCUGCCCGAGGUUAAUUGCCAGCCGAGUCCCAGCAAUGAACGCGAGAGUGUAGGUGUACCCGUAAAUCACAAUGUCAUUCGCAAACCGCGUUUCAAACUGGACCUAUCAAUGGAUUAAAUGGAGCACGUGCACCAAACGAGCUGCAUCAACGGGCAAGUUGGAUGGACCACUGGCUGGAAUUCGGGUGCUUGAUUUGACACGAAUAUUGGCGGGACCGUACUGCACCAUGAUACUGGGUGACCUGGGGGCUGAAGUUAUCAAGAUCGAAAAACCCUUUAUUGGCGACGAAACUCGAAACUGGGGACCACCAUUCAUCGCGGACCAGAGCUGCUACUUCUUGUCUGUCAACAGGAACAAGAAGAGCGUAGCCAUUGACCUGAAGAAACCAGAGGGUGCCAGCUUGGUCAGGAAGAUAGCUACGUCGUGUGAUGUGUUCAUGGAAAACUACCUGCCCAGGAAGCUGGACACUCUGGGUCUUGGCUACAAGGAUAUCGAGGCGGUUGCACCUCAAAUUGUCUACUGCUCUGUGACAGGGUAUAAUCCCAGGGGGCCGUACCGGGAUCGAGCAGGGUACGACGUCAUAGCGGCCUCCAUGGGGGGUCUGCUGCACAUCACUGGGCCGGCCGAUGGCGAGCCCUGCAAGGUGGGCGUGGCCAUCACGGACAUCUGCACGGGGCUGUACGCCCACGGAGCAGUCAUGGCCGCCCUGCUGCAGCGCCAGACCACCGGGAAGGGACAGUGGAUCAACUGCAACCUCCUGUCCACCCAGAUCGCCUGCCUGGCCAACAUAGCGUCCAACUACCUUAAUGCGGGCAAAGAGGCCACGCGGCAGGGUACUGGCCACGAGAGCAUCGUGCCGUACGCUGCCUUUGAGACGCUCGACGGCCACCUGACCGUCGGAGCGGCCAGCGAGAAGCAGUUCCAGGCCAUGUGCAAGGUCAUGAGCCUCCCCCAGGUCGCCGUCGACACCCGCUUCAAGGACAACGCCAGCCGCGUCAAGCACAGGGAGGCGCUCACGGACAUCCUCAACAGAGUGUUCAAGACCAAGCCGACGCAGGAGUGGCUCAGCCUGUUUGAAGGCUCGGAAAUCCCCUAUGGCCCAAUCCAGAACAUGCAGCAGGUCUUCCAAGACCCUCAGGGACGAGAGAUGGUGGUGAAGCUUCCACACAAGACUGCGGGUGAAGUGUCUGUAGUAGGACCAGCUGUGGAAUUCGGUGCUGCAAUCAACGCCGUGCGUUCGCCUCCUCCGCUACUCGGAGAGCACACCGACGAGGUGCUGUCGGAUUUCCUCGGUGCCCAAGAAAUCGCCAGGCUUCGAGCCGACAAAGUGGUCUUCUAACGCGCCAAGCAAGAGCAGUGCACGGUGUAUAAAUGAGAAUAAAUUUAUUACUUUUUUA